AUGGAUGAGAUUGCGAAGGAAUACGAUGUCAUUGUGCUGGGCACUGGCCUGACCGAGUGCAUUCUCUCUGGUGUUCUGAGCGUCAAGGGGAAGAAGGUCCUCCACAUUGAUCGUAAUGACCACUACGGCGGGUGUCAUGCAACGCAGCUCUUCAAGAAAUAUGGCAACUUCAACAAGGGCGAGGAGCCGUGGAAGAAGUAUGGCCGUCUCAACGACUGGAACAUCGAUCUCAUCCCCAAAUUCCUCAUGUCGUCGGGCGAAUUGACCAACAUUCUCGUCUCCACCGACGUCACCAGAUACCUCGAGUUCAAGCAGGUCGCGGGCAGCUAUGUACAACAGGGGUCUGGCUCAAGGGCCACCGUCGCCAAGGUGCCGUCCGAUGCUGCUGAGGCACUGCGAUCACCCCUUAUGGGCAUCUUCGAGAAGCGCCGCAUGAAGAGCUUCAUUGAGUGGGUCGGAACUUUCAACCCAAAGGACCCGGCUACACACAAAGGCCUCGAUAUGAGCAGCUGCACCAUGAAGGAGGUAUUCGACAAAUUCGGGCUUGAGGCUACAACAAAAGACUUCAUUGGCCACGCCAUGGCCCUCUACCUCGACGACAACUACAUCACAAACCCCGGCCAAGCUCCCGAGGCCAUCGAGCGCAUUCGCCUCUACGGCAACUCUGUCGCCAGAUACGGAAAGUCGCCUUAUAUCUACCCUCUGUACGGUCUAGGAGAGCUGCCCCAGGGCUUUGCUCGUCUGUCAGCCAUCUAUGGUGGUACAUACAUGCUCAACACCAACGUCGACGAGAUCGUCUACGAGGGCGGCAAGGCUACCGGCAUCAAGGCGACCAUGACCGGCGUGGACCCCGAGAUGAAGUUCGAGACCAAGGCAAAGAUGAUCCUGGGAGACCCGUCCUAUUUCCCCAACAAGGUCAAGAUCACUGGCCAUGUCCUCCGUGCGAUCUGCAUCCUCAAGCACCCCUUGGCGGGUACCAAUGACAGCGACUCUUCCCAGCUCAUCAUCCCCCAGUCUCAGGUCGGCCGCAAGAACGAUAUCUACAUUGCCUGCGUCUCUUCUGCACACAACGUCUGUCCUAAGGGCUACUGGAUUGCUAUUGUCUCGACCAUUGCGGAGUCUUCAGCCAACCACCAUCUCGAGCUUCAGCCUGGUCUUGAGCGGCUAGGCAAGAUCGAGGAGCAGUUCAUGGGUGCCCCGAUCCCACUAUACGCACCUGUCGACGAUGGCACCAAGGACAACAUUUUCGUGUCCAAGAGCUACGAUGCAACCAGCCACUUCGAGACGACAACAGACGACGUCAGGGACAUUUAUCGCCGCGCAGCCGGCCAGGAGCUUGUUGUCGAGGGCUUGAGGGAGGGCAUCCAGGUUGCUGAGGAGUAA